AGUGGGGAAAUAAAAUGUCAAAAGGAAAAGAAAAGAAACAAUCAGGUUUUAAGGACAAGAAUAAUAUUUUUGUUCUCUUUGAGCACCAUGGGUAUUUGUUUAUAAGGGGCUUAACCAGCAAUAUUAUUUUUUUAGUUGGUUUUAAGGUAAUGUAGUCCUAAAAUAAACAGAACUGUAAGGGGUAGAGAGGAGGGAAGAGAUCCUGUGGUAAUCCAUGUUCCCUGUCUGGGGUAUGUGACACAUGCUCCUCAGAAGGAUGGGGAUUCUUAGGCCUGGGCAAUGUCCCAGCACAAUGGGAACUAACCCUAUUGUGUGGGAAAGACUACAGAUAGUGCCAGAGACUGACACUAAUCAAUCUAUGGGCCCUUGAGAGAAGGGGGACGUGUAGGAUAAAGAUAGACAACUGAACAAAGAUCUGUGUGGUAACCAGGUAUUACCCUGUCUGGGCCACUGCUCCCACUCUCGGGAACCAGACUUUAUGGUUUAGGACAUGCUGUCCCUCCUGCCAAGUUAAUAAUUUCCUCCACCAGCCAGAAUUCUGCCCCAGGCGGGAAUAUAGCUCCACACUCACAGCAAACUCCUCAGACUGCCUGUCAAAACCAUCCUGCUGUUCAGGAUCAAACUCUUUCAUAGGGUUUUAGGCAUCCUUCAGGAACCACCCCUCUCUCCCGAAUUCAAUAAUGAAGGCCUAUAUGCUUGUAGAUGUGCUUAUCAUGGUGGCCUUCACAGUGGGAAAGGGUCCUGUCCCCCAGGUCCGAACCUGCCACUUGUGCCUCUUAGAAGAUCCUUCUGUAGGAUGCAUUUCGGGCUCCGAGAAGUGCACUAUCAGCAGCUUAUCCCCAUGCAUGGUGAUCACCAUCUAUAUUAAUAACAAGGUUCGCUUCAUCAUCCGAGGCUGUGGACAGUACAAUUCUUACCGCUGCCAAGAAAAACACAGCACCUACUUGCCAGGGUACUGGUAUGAGGCCCAGUGCUGCCAGUAUGAUUACUGCAACGCCUGGUUCAGCCCCCAACUCCAGAGCUCCCUGCCUGAGUCCCGCAAAAGACCCAUAAUCCGGCCCCUGUCCAACCCCCAGAUCCACCAGUUCUACCAGGCCCUGAACCUCUCAUUGCCCCUGCCUAGCUUUGAUGCUGGGAAGGAGCCUAAAGGCCAGGAGACCCUGUUCACUCUGCCCCUGGAGCUGGGCUUGUCCAUUGCUGACCUGCGCCACAUGUACUUGUUCCUCAACAGUUCAAGAGUUCUGGUUCUUCCCCAGGCUGGACCCUGACAUCUUUCCCUUUCAAAAUUCCACUCUGUUCCAGAGCCUUUCCUCAACACCUCCAGCAUCUUGCAGUACCCUCUGAGAAUAUCACAUCCUCUGACCCCUGUGAUCUCUUAGGCCUCCCUCCUUUGGACCUCCAGUGUCUAUAUGGUUUUCAUUUAAUUUCCUCCCAGGAACCCUGGUGCUGCUCUUUUUUCCUCCUAAUAAAGAAUCUCAAAUGUGAAUUCUGCCCAGUCUGACCUGAAAAAGGCACAGAGGUUCCCAUCAUCUGAGUGUUUCACCAUCUUCCCCUCUUCUCAGUCUGGUCAUCUGCCACAUCUACUCAGAUCUGGCACUAUAUCUCCUUUCUUUUGCCUGUCUCUAAGAGUUGGUGCCAGACUGAACUAGCAGAAGAAAGGACUAAGGGUAGACUGCUGUGAAGAUUUCCUGACAUAGCAAUCUGAUGUUUCUGCCUCAUUGCCUCUUCAUCUCCUCUUCUGUCCUACUUUCCUGCUGCCUGUGUCCUUUCUUUUCUCAAUAUUUGUCCUCCUCAGCCCCAUUUCACCUCACUGAGUACUGAUACCCAUGUCCAUUAGUGCCUGGUGAAAGGAAAGAGAGGGUCUGUCCUACUCUGCUCUACAUCCCCCAUUUCCCUCCACAAUAAACAGACUGGGCUACUAAAUCUGUGUCAUGUUGUUUGUGAUGUCAGGUUUAGUUGUAGGCAGGUGUAAAUAGGAUAAAGAAAGUUAAUAAGUUUGGCAUUCAAACAGGAUUG